CUCAUUUUCAAACAAAUUCUUUCAGCAUGCCCACCAGGAUAUUUCGGGAAGAAAUGUUUAACAAUCUGUCCACAAGGUUUUUACGGAGAUUUGUGCACACAUAAGUGUACCGUGUGUGAUGAAUUUGAAUGUCACCAUAUAAAAGGGUGUCAAAGAUUAGAAAUAUCAACCUUUGACACAUCAUCAAAACGAUUCCAAACACCAUCCUCCUCCUAUGACAAAGAGACAUAUUCUGUGAAAAAUCAAAAUAAAACAAUAAUUACAACCGAAAUCACUUCCCAGAAAACUAUCAACCAUCAUUCAAUUUCGAUCACUAUAUCUACGCCUUAUGUUGUAAGGGAGAAAAAUAAUAUUAACAAAACAAUAAUUGUAGUGGGUGGGGUAAUAACUCUAUGUCUAGUUAUUCUUAUCAUUCAAGUUGGUUACAAGCAGAUAUUACAGUACAGGCAGAACCGAGUUAAACUUCUGACUGAACAUAAACAAAUUGAAGAGACAUACGCAGAAAUCAAUGACGGUAUUUUAAACUCUAAUGAUUUUAAAGACGAAUCUUUUUGCUCAAAGAAAACGAAUAAAUACAAAACGAUUAUUCAUAUAUCCGAGAUAUCUGGUCGGGAAUAUCAAGAUAUAUCAGAUAAUCCUUUGAUAUCCAAUCAAGAAGAAAACAGUUUAACGAGUGCCGCUCAAUCUGGAUGUAGUGGAGAUUCCUAUCUGAUUCCGAAGGAGCAGGUGCCCUUACACACGUAUACAGACGUCAUAGACGUCAGUCCCCCUACACAGGAUACAAGUGCAGAUUAUCUGGACCCUGUUCUAGAGUUAACAUCAGAAUAUAAUGCCUCUGAAAGAAACCAUCCAUAUCAUGACAUUGUCGAACCUCUUGGUGAUUUGAACGUGACAGAGAAAAACAAAAAUCUUCAUUCCGGGGAUACUUUAAAUUCAAUAGUGUAUCUAGAUGUAGUAAACUCAUGACAUGUAUAUGCGAUGAUAUAUCUAAACCAUAUUUUGUUAAAUACGAUUUACAAAACUUACAUAAGCCUGAGGGUUUGUUUAGUUCAUAUCUAGUAAUUAAAUUA